UCGUUGUGAGAGUGCCCGGAAGGUUGGUACGUUACCGAGGGAGAGCGCCGACUAGGCCUCGGAUUCACGGCGCAGUGUUUCCGACAUUUAUGCACGUAACAUAUUGUUUUACAAUUAACAAACUAAUCUUGAAACAAUAAAAUGUCUGCUCAAGCUCAAAUGAGAGCGAUGCUGGACCAGUUAAUGGGCACAUCCAGGGACGGUUCAAUGUAUCUUUGCCUGCCUACAUCAAUCUGCAAGGGAGUUGCAGAAAAGCCUCAUGUUCAUCGAGCCGAGAUGCAACACGACAACGUGUGAAAUUCUCAGAUGAUAGAGUUUGCAAGAGUCAUCUUCUUGGUUGCUGUCCUCAUGAUAUCCUUUCAGGAACGCGUAUGGACCUGGGAGAAUGCACAAAGAUUCAUGACCUCGCUUUGAGAGCUGAUUAUGAAAUUGCUGCAAAAGAACGAGAUUUAUUCUUUGAACUUGAUGCAAUGGAACAUCUUGAAAGUUUCAUCGUUGACUGUGAUAGAAGAACAGAUAUUGCCAAGAAGCGCUUGGCAGAAACACAAGAAGAAAUAAGUGCUGAAGUAGCUGCUAAGGCAGAAAAAGUACAUGAGCUGAAUGAAGAAAUAGGAAAGCUUUUGGCUAAAGCUGAACAACUUGGAGCUGAAGGAAAUGUAGAAGAAUCUCAGAAAGUCAUGCAGGAAGUAGAAAGAGUGCGAACAAAAAAGAGGGAAGCAGAGGAUGAAUAUAGGAAUUCAAUGCCUGCUUCUAGCUUCCAGCAACAGAAACUGCGUGUUUGUGAAAUUUGUUCUGCGUACCUCGGCCUUCAUGAUAAUGAUCGUCGACUUGCUGAUCAUUUUGGAGGCAAGCUGCACUUGGGAUUCAUUCAAAUACGAGAGAAGCUAGAUCACCUAAAGAAAAUUGUUGCAGAGAAACAAGAAAGAAGGAAUCAAGAACGAUUAAAGCGAAGAGAAGAAAGAGAGAAAGAAGAGAGGAUGAAAAGAAAGUCCAGAUCACGUAGCAGGGAUCAUAAGCGAUCAAGGUCACGGGAUCACCGGCGGAGACGCUCUAGUUCUCCUGCUCACGAGCGACGUAGGUCUAGGUCAAGGUCCAGGUCCAGAGAGCGAGAAAGACGCCGCAGGCACAGAUCUCGUUCACAUAGCCGCAGCAGAGGGCAUUGUCGCAGCUCAAGAGAGAAAAGCAGGGACCGGAGUUCAAAGCAUAAGUCUUCACAGGAUCGAUCUUCUAGGGAAAAAUCAAGAGAUAAGGAUCGAAAGGAGAAGAGUUCGGCAGAAAGGAAACAUGAAAGUACAAAUGGGAAGUCAGAAUUAAAUGCAACAAGUCCUGAAGAAAGGGAGGCUGGUGAAAUCUGAAGUAUUGACUGAAUCAAAAAAGUUCAUGUAAAACUGAAAAUAUUUUAAAACCCUUUUGAAUUUCUCUUGUUUAUAUAUUCCUGCCAUGUAGUGCUUCAUUUUGGCAGAGAAAAUUUCAUAGAUGUAGGAAUGCAUUUAUUUUUCCAUUGGUGUUUCAAGAUUUCCUCUGCGGUUUAUUUAUAAAUGAAAUAAAAUAAGCAAGUAGUUUCUUUUAAAAACUGACCAUCUUUGGAACCAACAUGAAAUUUUUCUAGUAAGUACCUGUUUAGUUAGUAAUUUGGUCUCUGCAAUGAAAUAAGUUCAUGUCAGCUUAAUGAGAUACAAGAACUUUAUAACUGAUUAACUACUGAUGGAGUUCUUCAGAUUGUAUGCUACAACCUCAUUAUAAGACCCACAAAAUCAAAUACCAUUAAUAUUUUUUCAGUGUUUCUGUGGCCAUUCAUUAGAUCAGAGGGCAAGAAGCCAGUGAAAUAUUCAAGUGAAUAUUUUCACUUUAUGAAAAAUAAUUUUGUCAAACUUUUUAAUAUUUUUGUUGGUGCAGUAUAUUUGUAUGAUUGUACAGGUUAAUAUUACAACCCAAGCUCCAGGUUAAGUUAGUGAAUUUAUUUUGAGAGCUACUUCAUGUUACAAAAAAAAUUCAAUAAUUUUCUCUUAAAUACAAGAUACCUUAAAUCUCCCUGUAAAAGGACUUUUUGACACCAUUACCUAUUGGUGUCAAAAAGUUAUCAUCAUUUCAAUAUUGCAACUGUUAUUUUGCAUCACUAAUGUUGUUUAAUUUGAAUAUUAUGAGUGAUGUAAAUUACUCAGUGCACUGAAGUGUGAGAUCUUGAAAGCUGAGCAUCACAUCAACUAUCAUUUUAUCUCCCCUAACUUGAUUUAAAGCCAUAGUUUAAACUGCCUGUUAGUUCUUUGACACUAAAUUUAUUUGGAAUCCUUUUAUUAUGAGAAAAGCUGCAGGUUACUUAUGCAGUUGAAAGCAUGUCUGUGAAGUUCAUAACAUCUAGUUGCAGUAUAACUCAUCUACUAACUGUACAUAAUCCAUUGUAUGUACCAGCUGAUGUUAUGUAUAAAAUAAUAGUUAACUUUAUGCAUUUCCUGGUAAAUUCCAUGAUUUUUAGAUUUUAUUUUGGAAUAUUAAAACUGGAAGGUUCCAGCUUAAGCAACACACCUUCUAUAGUUCUACUGUUCAGUUCAGAUCAUAAUUAUAAGUGGUUUCCUCUUGCUUGGUUCAGAACAAAGGCAGCAACUGCAAUUUGUUAACAGCUUUUAAUACCGAGAGUAGGGUAGCAACUUAAUUUGUCACCCUCACUGAGAUUUUACUGAUGGAUUUGGAAAAAAUUUGUAACUAUACAUUUAACUUGUUACAGAUUUUGAUACAAGAAAAUCAUAACUAACUUAUAACUUUCUAAGUAUGUGUGCUAUUUUGUAAGUUUCAUUAUAGAAAUAAUAUUUAAAUGUCCAUUAAAAGUGAAUUGAUACAUUGCACUUGUUAAUUGGAGUUUGAAUUUGUCCAUCAAUAAAAUCUACAAUUCAUUCUUUUACUUUUACUGAGGGUUAAAUAGGUUUUUUCAGUUACGUUUAUCAAUUUAUAAAAAAAAGACACAACAUUCCACUUGCCUCUAUGAACUGCAUGAAGCAGAACAAUAGUUCUGUAUAUUUUUAAAACAUACAAUACCGAAAAUAUGCUCUCUUCAAUAAAGGGUAAUGGUUAACUAUCCAUUCUGGCCUCAAUCUUACAAAGUUGUACAAAUAGUUUUAAGUGUAAUUGUUGGCUGUUCUAUAUUGCCAAAAUUUAAAGUGGGUAAUGCCUGCAUACUAUUUUUCACCGUACCAAACUCUCCUCUUGAUUUGGUUCUAAUAUCUAAAAUAGUUUUUUUUAUUGCCACUUUGAUUUAGGUUUUCCCGUCCUGACAAGAUUGUAAUCUGGAUCUACUGAACAAAGCUACAAAGCUGGCAACCUUUCCUUUACUGGAGCAGUUGUAAUUUACAUCACCUAUUAAGUGUCUUUAAGAUUGUAAAAUCACUCAUACCAAAUGCAGAAAUCAAUUUUUCAGUGUUAACUAUGACUUCGUAAAUUUAAGCUGUUUGAAAUUUAUUCAGCAGUGAACUGCAUUCCAUUAUGAUUUGAUGCUUGAGUUUCAGAAUUUGGUGUAAAAUAUGUUCAGUCCCAAAUGUUGAGGUAAUUCAAAGAAAUGUAGAGGACUCUAAGAUUUUGUUACACAUUCUAACAAUAUGUGAUUGGAAACUUCAGCAAUACAGGCCUUAAGAAUGUAAAAUAUCUUUAUUUGUCUAUAUUUGCAUUCUUUGCUUUUUCCACAUAAAAUAUUUGAUCUUUCCUUUCUUCGGGGGGGGGGGGGGUGGCAUUAGAGAAGUUUAGCUUUAAUUUUGUCUAUCCUUACAAUAAAGAGAGUGUUUAAUUAAUGUCAGGUUAUUUAAUUCCAUUCUAUCUGGAUUCUUAUUUUUCAGUUGUUUGUACCCCUCUAAUGUUCCUGUUAGUUCUGCUAGCAUUUACUAAUUUUUUUCAGCUACCUUUUGUUGAAUAUACCGGCUACAAUUCUUCUUGCCUGAUUGCUAUCAUGCAGCUGUAGCUUGUAGAGUUUCGUGACAGUGGAAAUCUGAGUUAACAGAUGAAGAAAGUUUGUAAUUCAAGUCCUAGCCUAUGGUAACUAAAGAAUUUGAGUUGCAGUUUUCAUUGAAGAAAGUAGGAUGUGGAGUCAGGAGGAUGAGGAACUAGCACCAGAGUGGGAUUUGUUAACUUUCAUCCUGACCAUUUGCUGUGACUGAAUAUGGAUUUUAUUUUUAAAUUGAAAGGUACAGACUGAAGCAGAUGUACUUUGGAGACACUGUGGAGGUUUACAAAGGGGGGGGGAAGUAAUUGAAGUGUGGUAGCACUUUACUGUUUGGAGUAUGCCUUCACUGCAGUAUAAAGGAGGAAGAGUAAGGAAAAUAUAAGGCAUCAUCUUCUGAAAAUUAACACAAUUAAAAGAAACAAAGUUGAAUAAUUGAGAAAAAUGAAGGUGUUCUGGAAACCAAGAGAAGGAAGCCCAAAUCGAAAGGAAAUUAAAAUAGUCUGACCCAUGUUGAAAAUGGCCAAAGAUCAUUAAAAUCAAAGUGCAACCUCAAGGGCAAAGAUCUGUAUAAAUAAAUCAAAGGACUUGUUUCUUUCAGACCAGAGGCUUAGUCUCAGAGGGAUAUCUAUUUAGAACAGAUGAGGAAAAUUUUCUUUAUCCAGAGGAUGAUGAAUCUGGAAUUCAUUGCCACAGACAGUUGUGCAGGCCGAGUUAUUGGAUAUAUUUAAUGUGGAAGUUGAUAGAUACUUGAUUAAUCAUGGUGGUAACAGGUACAUGGAGCAGACAGGAGAAUGGGGUUGACAGGGAUAAUAAGCUAUUAUGGUGUGGCAGCAGAGUCAGUGGGCUGACUGGCCUAAUUUUGCUCCCAUGUGUUAUGAUCUUAGUUAAAACACUAGGUAAAUUAAUAGUGCUCCUGCCGUGAGAUAAUUUGAAAGGAGAUAAAUGGAUUGAACAGGACAAUGGGGAUAAACACAAGAUUUCCCCAUAUACACCAGUAACAGAUUAUUUAAAAGCAGAUUUAAUAGUAACACUAUGGAUUGUAUGAAAUUUUAGUUAGGGUUUAUAUUCACUGCUGUCAGGAUGUUGUCUUUUUUUGGAACAUUUCUGAAUCUGGACCAUUUUAAAAUAAUAACAACCAAUAGAUUUUGAUAGUCCACAUUAUCAGAGUUAUGAAAGUCACACAAGUAAAUAGCUUGUAUCAAACCCCAGUAAAUAUUAACACAGAUGCAAGGAACUGAAUAGAUUACCUAUUACUUUGUGUAUAUCUUUGCUCAGUUUUCUGUUCACUAUUGUAGUAAAAUUGUCUUCAAAGUU